AUGGCUCGUACUUUCUUUCGCAAAUUGUUGACAUACGUAUCCUCUGAAGAUGAUAGCGAUGUUCUUAAUGAGGAGGCCGAUGGACAGUCAUCGAGGCAUUGUAGCAAUCGCCAACGUCGUAAGUUUAUUCGACGUGAUCAUACUCAGGGGCACGAGCGCCUAUUUCGCGAUUAUUUUGCAGAAAAUCUAGUAUAUCCCUCGAAUCUAUUUCGAAGGAGAUUUCGGAUGAGCCAUCCCCUAUUUCUCUGUAUUUUAAAUGAGGUAGAGUCUUACGAGCCGUACUUUGUCCAGAGAAGAAAUAAUGCCGGAAGACUCGGUUUAUCUCUUAUGCAAAAGAUAACUGCAGCACUUAGAAUGCUGGCGUAUGAGGAUGUUCGAUGA